ACGAGUUUGCGAUUCAAUCACUGAAUUAAUCAGUCGGUCAUUUCUGAUAAUACUUGGUAAACUUUCUCAGCUAAUUUUCCACUGAUAUUAAAUUCGUGGUUGCUAGUAUCAAACUUUUUAGGAGUCCAUUUUUAAGCUAUCAGGCUUUAUUAUAUCAGUUGUAGGUUCUGGUCAUUAUUUCUAUUUUAUUUAUUGGUUUUGCUAUUCAGCACGCACAGCCAGGACUGCCCAACUAGCCUGUGGCUAUUACAUAAGGCUAGCCUUGCUGACAAAAGCAUAGACAGUACAAAUGGAAUUGGGCAAGGACAAGAUACCUAUCAACAACAAUAUUCUAAAUACAUAAAGAUAUAGAAAUUAAGAAUAAAAAUAAAUUACCAUUUACCGCAGAUUCCACCUAUCUGUUGUGCACGGAAGAAUAACUUCGGCCUUUGCAAGUACUGUGCUGCACUAUUUUGACCCGGUCUACUUUUGGGGACGCGGUCGCGGUUAAAUACUGUGUUAUGAGACCUGGAAAGGUCAGUUUGCCUGGCAGCCAUUGUUGUUUCUCGGAGUGUAACGUACGUGUAUACGACUACUUUGCUCCAGUUUGAGACCAUUUUCAAGACAAUUCGACACUUCAGCGAUAACUUCAGCACCACAAACCGGAAGAAAUGGGUGAGAGAAGCGGUGAGGUCGCUAUGGACAAUCAUCCAGCUGUACACCCUGGGGACGAGACAAGCAGCAGUGAGAAAUUAGACAAAGAAAGGCAUCAAAAUAAGGAAGGAAACAUUCCAUGUGAGGAAAAGUGUGGAGUAAAAUCUCACCAUCCUCCCGCACAGGGUCGAACAGAGCAGAAGGACAGACUUGCGGUGAAACGCACUGUGAAUAAACGCUUUGCGUGUACGGAGUGUGGCUAUACGGCAGCCAAAAAGUCUGUCCUAAUCAAACACACAAGAAAACAUACAGGUGAGAAACCAUAUAAAUGUGACCAGUGCGACUAUUCUGCUGCACAGAAAGUUCAUUUAGACCGACACGUGACUAAACACAAAGGAGAAAAACCCUUCAUGUGUGGGGAGUGCGGGUACAGAACGACUGACAGGUUAAGCCUAUCCGAACAUAUGAGCAGACAUACAGGUGAGAAACCCUACAAAUGCGACCAGUGUGACUAUUCAGCAAUACGGAAAGUUUAUUUAGGCCGACAUAUGACUAAACACACUGGGGAAAAACCCUACAUGUGUGGGGAGUGCGGAUACAGGGCCGCUGCCAGGUCUAGCCUAUCCAAACAUUUGAGAAGACAUACGGGCGUCAAACCCUACAAGUGCGACCAAUGCGACUAUUCUGCUGGACACAAAGGUAAUUUAAGCCGACACAUGGCUAAACACACUGGCGAAAAACCCUACAUGUGUGGAGAGUGCGGAUACAGGACGGCUGACAGGUCCAACCUAUCUCUACAUAUGAGAACGCAUACGGGCGUAAAACCCUACAAGUGUGACCAAUGUGACUAUUCUGCUACACAGAAAAAUGCCUUUAAGCAACACAUGGCUAAACACACUGGCGAAAAACCCUUCAUGUGUGAUGAUUGCGGAUUCAGGACGGCUGACAGGUCUUACUUGACCAGACAUAUGAGAACACAUACAGGUGAGAAACCAUAUAAGUGUGACCAAUGCGACUAUUCUGCUGCACAUAAAGCUUCUUUAGACCGCCACCUUACUAAACACGCCGGAGAAAAUCCAUUUGUGUGCGAACAGUGCGAAUACAGGACUAGUAACAGGUCUUCCUUAACUGUACAUAUGAGAACACAUACAGGUAUGAAACCUUAUAAAUGCGACCAGUGCGACUAUUCUGCUUCAUGCAAAGGCAAUCUAGUCAAACACAUGUAUAAACACACCGGCGAAAAACCCUACAUGUGUGGAGAGUGCGGAUUCAGGACGGCUAGAAUGUCUUACUUAACCGUACACAUGAGAAAACAUACAGGUGAAAAACCUUACAAGUGUGACGAGUGCGACUAUUCUGCUGCACAAAAAUUCCAUUUAGACCGACAUGUGGCUAAACACAACGGCGAAUAACCCAACGUUUAGGGAGUGUGGAUACAUGGACGGCUGGCAAGUAAUCCGUAGCCUUAGAUAUGACAAACCAUAUACGUGUAAGUAGUGUGACUACACUGCAGCACAGUAAUACCAUGUUAACAGACACAGGACGAGACAAACCGUGGAAACUUGACCAGUGUGUACAUGAUAUUGC